GCCAGGGCGGGGGUGCACGACCUCUCCAGGCUUCCGCGAUGGCUGCUGCGUCGGGUUCAGCUCGCCUGCGGCGCUGUGUGGUAUCGCCGGCUGGGAGGCACAGCGCCUCACUGAUCUUCCUGCAUGGCUCAGGUGAUUCUGGAAAAGGACUCAGAAUGUGGAUCAAGCAGGUUUUAAAUCAAGACUUAACAUUCGAACAUGUAAAAAUUAUUUAUCCAACGGCUCCUUCCAGGCCCUAUACUCCUUUGAAGGGAGGAUUCUCCAAUGUGUGGUUUGACAGAUUUAAAAUAUCUAAUGACUGCCCAGAACACCUUGAAUCAAUUGAUGCAAUGUGUCAAGUCCUUACUGGCUUGAUUGAUGAUGAAGUAAGAAGUGGCAUCAGGAAGAACAGGAUAUUAGUAGGAGGAUUUUCUAUGGGAGGAUGCAUGGCGAUGCAUUUAGCAUAUAGAAAUCAUCAAGAUGUGGCAGGAGUAUUUGCUCUGUCUAGUUUUUUGAAUAAAGCAUCUGCUGUUUACCAGACUCUUCAGAAAAAUGAUGGUGUACUUCCUGAAUUAUUUCAGUGUCAUGGUACUGCAGAUGAAUUAGUUCUUCAUUCAUGGGGUGAAGAGACAAAUUCAAUGUUAAAAUUUCUAGGAGUGAACACAAAUUUUUAUAGUUUUCCAAAUCUUUACCAUGAGCUAAGCAAAUCUGAGUUAGAAAAACUGAAGUCAUGGAUUCUUACCAAGCUACCUGGAGAAAUGGAGGGCCAAAAUGAAUGAAUCAAGGUUUAUUUGUUAAUAUAAAUAUAAUGUUUUUGAGAAAAGUGAUCUUUAUUGCUAAAUUAUAAUGAAAAAUAAAGUAUUAAAUAAUUGA